GAUCUUCAGAACACACCACACGACAGAAACACACAAGCGCAUAUUUUUCAUUCAGCAGCCAGCAGUAGGCAGUGAGUUGAGGAGAGUGUGCAAUCCCCAUUUUUUUUCGCUGCGGUGUGUGGUCCGAAAGAGUGAUCUGUUUUGUUUAUCGCACUUUUCGACCCACAAAAUCGCUUCCGAAGGCGGAAAACUGUGUUCUAGGUUGAGUUCAGAUGUGAAUCUAGUGAUUGUGUGUAAUUUCCCUCGGGGAAAACAGUGCCAAAGGGGCGAAAAGUGCAUUUGAAAAAAGCGACGACGGAAGGGAAUUUUUUCCCCGUAUUCUUUCCCGAGAAAGAAGAUCCAUCGGUAAGGAAGGGCAAAACACACCAAGCAGGCGGAUAAGAUUUUGGUUGUCUUGGCGUUCGUCUCGAAGGAAAGCAGAAAGAAGACAAGAAAAUUAAUCGCGGGCUACCUUGAUGAGUGCAAUCGGAAGAUAAUUUUUCUUGAAAGUGAAGUUGGAAGUGUGUGAAAAGUCGGAAGUCACGGUGGGAAAGUGUCUCAAUAUGGAGUUUUCCUGUCGGGCAUUACGCUGGGAACGGAUUAUGGUGCGCGAUUCUGUGGCUCGGUGCUGUUUUCUGGGAGCAGCCAUUUCUUCUUUCGGUGGCGGAGCGCGUUUCUCCGCGAGAGCCAUUUGAGUGUGAGUGAGAGCAAGCGAAGCAGAAUAUUUCCUAGCGUGUCAUGUGGAAAGGGUGUGAUUCGACGAAAAUAAACCCAUCAAAAUGUGUUGACUUCAAGGAAGAUUGUGAGUGUAUCGUAAGUUUGAUUCCAAGGAAUGAAAAUUAUAAUGCUGAGAGGAAUCUAAACUGCUUGUGUACAUCGUAACUCAGUUACAACGGUGAGAACCAUCUGACCAUAGGCCUCUUAUCACAUGUUGUGCUAGACGCAGCAAACCGCACCACACAAGAAGACGGCGAAGCCAAGAGGAGUGAAAAACGCGAGCAAUAGGAUUUUUAUUCUCACGCACACAGUCAGGAAGGGCGCGGCGACGGCGGUGUUGAUGGAUCUGCUUAGCCUCUGGCCAGGCAACCCAAGACGACGAGUGAGUGGCUAUGAGAUGAUAGGGAGUUCGAUUUGGUGCGGCUUGAGGAAGGCAUAACACGAGAACACGGCGGCGCGCGAUUCCACUGUGGUAUCGAAAUCCGUAAUAAAUACUGUGCGGGGGGAACGAAAACUAUACCGCGGCUAGUGCUAGAAGAUACCUCCGGAUAGUGCAGUGCUCCGUUUUCGGGCGGAAGUGUGAGUGUUGGGCCGCCGCUAGGAAUGCUCGUCUCGGCGAGAACAGUGACGGGGACGAUACCAGCUGCUACUGCUGCUGCCGAUUCUUCAUUCUGCCCACCCCGGGAAGGAGGGUUGUGCUGUAAGUGGCAAACGUGAGCGCAAGUCUGCACGCAAUGGAUGAUAUUUUCGUCGAUUCGGAGUCUGUCGCCAAUGUGGAUUGAAUGUAUUGGCGCAGACUGUCUUACCCGGAAGGAAGGUGUCAUUUGCAUUCAAAAUGUUACAAAUAUCUGGGACUAGGUUGCCUUCGUGAUAAAAGAGAUCUUAAUAAGUGACACAAGAAAAGUUAGUUAAGUGUUAAAAGUGUUUAAAGUGUGUAAAAUAAACGAAAAAUGGCAACUCCCAACUACAAAGAGCUUAAGCUACAGUCUCCUGCUGGAGCGGAGCCUUUCCUAUACAACUGGCCAUUCUCGAUUGGCGGAGGGAACGAUAACGGCGGAAUGGAGCUGAUCGAGAAUGUACGCUGGGUGUGUGAGGACAUGCCGGAGAUCAAAUCCGCUAUAGAGGAGAUCAACCUGAACGAUAUCGACACAGGAGACUACGACGCCAUGAAGAAUCUGUGCGAUCGUUUCAACAAAGCAAUCGACAGCGUAACGGCGUUGGAGAAAGGCACGUCUCUUUCGAACCAACGUUUUACGUAUCCUUCGCGGGGUCUUCUACGACACAUAGUUCAACAAGUCUACAAUCAGGCGGUUGUUGAACCAGAGAAACUGAAUCAGUAUGAGCCGUUCUCGCCGGAAGUCUACGGCGAAACAUCCUUUGAUUUGAUCUGCCAAAUGAUUGACGAGAUCAAAAUUACUGCCGACGACGUAUUCGUUGACCUGGGCUCUGGAGUAGGACAAGUUGUACUCCAAAUGGCCGCUUCAACACCGGUCAAGAUUUGUUACGGAAUAGAAAAAGCCGAUGUUCCGUCACGCUACGCAGAAGGUAUGAACGCUACCUUCAAAAUGUGGAUGAGGUGGUUUGGUAAAAAGUACGGCGACUAUGAACUCAUUAAGGGAGAUUUCUUAGCUGACGAACAUCGAGAGAAAAUAAUGUCGGCGACAAUCGUCUUCGUGAACAAUUUUGCUUUCGGACCUAACGUUGAUCAUCAACUUAAAGAACGAUUCGCUGACCUUCGAGAUGGUGCCAGAAUAGUUUCAUCGAAAAGCUUUUGUCCGUUAAAUUUUAGAAUAACGGAUCGGAACCUCAGUGACAUUGGCACAAUUAUGCACGUCAGCGAAAUGACUCCUUUGAAAGGAUCUGUUUCGUGGACGGGGAAACCUGUUUCUUACUACCUUCACAUUAUCGAUCGCACGAAAUUGGAAAGAUACUUCCAACGACUGAAGACAAAAGGAAAUGAAAACGACAACCAAGCUAGUGGGAGUACUAAUACCCGAGCAUCACGAUCCAGAAAAGAUAAGUGUGAAAAGGCAGUCACAAACGAUGAAAGCACUUCCGAUAGUGAUGCGGAACCUGCGGGUCCGCCAAAUAGAAAACAGCCAUGGUCAGAUUGGUGCAGCGGAAAAGAAAAGGAAAGCAGCCAAUCAGAGGAAGAAAACAACAAUUCGCCGGUGUUACGAAAUGGACGAAUUCCAGUGGCAACGAAGAAACGUAAAAAGAUCACAAGGCCAAAGACGGUCAAGAAGGAUCCUGUCGCGCAAGCAGCACAACAAGCAGCAAAAGAAGCACAGGCUGCAGUAACAAAGCGUAGGGGCCGGGUAAAGAAAGGCCGACAGCGCAGGGCUCUUAAAAUCAAUGGGCUCGAUCUCCUACACAGCGAAACUUUACUCAGUACGUCAGACCAAGCAAUCGGGAAACGAUUGCCACCAGCUCCCGGGUGUGUAGAUCAGCUUCUUACUUCGUUAGCUGGUGAUAUGCAACAUACAGAGCUGGAUAUUCCAGAAGCACCCUCCGAGACGCCGUACGGCUUGCAAAUUUUGCUAGAUUUGUACAAAACUCAAUUCAUGAAAGCUAUAGAAUCAAUGCGGAAAUCUUCAUACAAAGAUAAUGUUCAGCAGCAAAUUGAACGGGAAAAAGAACGAAAUCAGCGGCUUUUAAAUCGUGCAGGACAAUUGGAAAAACAAAUCAAAGUCCUGAUAGACGAUAGCGUAGCUCUUCUGAAAGCUCGAAUGAAUGAGCUCGGUAUCAGCACAACUAGCCAAAACGACCUGCUAUGCAAGGCGAAAGAAAUUGUCGGUCGACACAAAGAGCUACAAGUUAUGGCUGCAAAGUUGCAGAACCAAGUGACCUCUAUUGAACAGGAGCAGAAACGAUUGGUGAUGCAGCACGUCCAGAGGAUAGCUGACAAGUACAUCAAAACGGAAGACGUUGAAAUGACUCCCAAGACUUCACACGAAUUGGUACUCAAAGAAAUUGCCAACACAUUAUCGCAAAGGAAAAAGUUAUAUGCACAAGUAUCCUCUAUGGAAAACGAGCUAAACGUAAUAGAGAAGCUCGCAGAAGAACGAAAAGCCGCUGCGGUAUUGCAAACGACAAUUGUUACACAUCAACGAGGAGAGCAGCCAUUGCAACAACCGUCGCAACAUCACCAGAAUCGAGAACAACAUAUUUCUCGGGAUCAAACCCAUCAGCGUGGCGAAGAACUUCGACGUGAUUCUCAUCAUUCUGUGCAACCUCAGCAUCAAGCUCCUUCAGUUACAGUACAUGUUUCUCAGCCACCGUCCUCGAAACACAGCUCCGGGUCUUCUAGAUCUCAAAGAAAGUCCCGUGAAAAUCGUACAAGAUCUCAAGAAUGGCCAGAAAUUCCAGAUAUUGGCAAGAUUGAGGAAAAUAACCCAGAAAUAUUGGCACAGAAGAUACUCGAAACCGGUAGACAGAUUGAAGCCGGUAAAUUGUUGGCCAACAGCGCUAGUAAACAUCAGAAAGAGCGGGAAAGCAAAAAUCAUCAUUUGCAGCAACAAUAUCAGCAAUCACAGCAAACGCAUCAGCUUCCUCAUCAUACUCAUCCCGCUGAUGCUGCAUUGAUGCCUGCCCCUGCUACGUUAAGCAAAUCACAUCAUCGUGGUAACAACAGCGCAAACACAACUGCCAAUGUAAGCAUACCUAAAACUUAUGUACCUGUUCCACCCACUGCUGGAGAAAUGAUAGGAGCACCAGCAGGAGGCAGCACAACAAACAUCAAAUCGGAAUCACGCUCAAAGCUGCAAGAUUCGCACAAGGUGGUUAACUUUGAGGAUCGCUUGAAAAGUAUUAUCACUUCGGUUUUACAGGCACCUCCGAAAAGCAUCGGAUCCGGAGGAGGACUUCAACAACAGCAGCAACCACCGCCACAUCAAGGGUCAUCUCAACACCAUAUGCGGGAAGUAUCUCAACCAAUGCUUCUCGGUCACGGGGAACAUGCGUCGCCUACGAAGUCAUCAUCGUCAUACGGGAAAACAGUGUACCUUACAUCUGGCCCCCCACCACCUCCAAGCUCGAUGCAUAAUUCUCUACACGACAUGGGGCCUCGAAACAGUGGCAAUCAACAUCAUCUACCUCAUCCGUCUAGCGGUGGCCAAACUUCCCAGCCACCCAGCCAAUUUUCAUCGUUGAUGAAUCCUGUCACAACGGCGCACCACCUUAAUGCCACAACCACCAUCACAUCAUCACCAAUAUCGCCGUACAAAGGACACGGCUCUAGCCAAAGUACGAAAAUAUCUCCGAGUUCAAAGUACUAUCAGAAAUCAAUGCCAAUUGACCAUCAUUCCCCAGGGGCCAACAGUACGCACCAACAGAUACUCCAACAACAGGAACGGGACCGUGAACUGCGACAAACUCAAAUGGCCAUGCACUACGGGUCCCACAGUGGUCAACCUCAUCCCAACGUUGUGGAUCCUCAUUUACUACAUCGAAGUGCUUUAGAGGGCAAAAUGGAAUUCAAAGCUCCUGAACAGUUCCGUUACGAUCAUCGCAAUCCAAUUGAACCUCCCAUGGGGGGACAAAGUCAUUCGCGAAGUUCAUCAGCCACAUCGCUGGAAGGCGACUAUUCAUCUGCAGGCUCGAAUCUUCGAUACGUCAAUGUACCAACGAACCCUCAACAACAACCGCAGCAAGUACCAUUGCAACAGCAGCAACUAUCCGGGGGUAACAACUCCCGACCGGGAUCAUCAUCGUCUCAACCCGAUUACACUCAGGUAUCACCGGCAAAGAUGGCACUGAGACGUCAUCUAUCCCAAGAGAAACUCACGCACCCGAUGCCCCCCUCAUCCAACACGGUGAAAACCAUCGGAGACCUGGUAAACGGAGAGAUCGAAAGAACGCUGGAGAUUUCCAACCAAUCGAUUAUCAACGCAGCAGUCAACAUGAGCACAGCGGGACCAUCGGGACACACCGUGAUCAACACGAACGUUCAAAGACCGGAACGGGUUAGCAUUCGGGUGCUGGAGGAAGCCGGUCUCAACGGAAGUGUUCAAGCAUCAUCCUACAGUCCAGUUUCUCGUCCAAGCAGUCGAGAGAUGACCAAAUCCCCUGUACAUCUUCAUGGGCAAAGUAAUUUGGCCACAUUGGCACAGGUGGCAACCUACAAUCACAAAAAGGCAUCAUCGUCCUCGUCGUCGUCGUCAUCUUCGGCGGCAGUUAUUUCACCCCGGGGUGGUCCCGUACAGCAGCCGGUCGAUAAUCGAGGGCAUUCCACGUCUACGCAACAAUAUCCACAAACCGCACCGCACGCAUCGGUCGUCUAUCAACCAUCGCGCGGUGGAGAGAAACCGUCCUACUCAUCGUCUUCAGAUCGUCACGGGGCAGAACCCACGUAUAUGGCACUCCCCCGUGCCGAUAUAAAACCGCAUCUGGAUUCGUACUUUAUCGAUGAGCACAAGCGACAACAGCAACAGCAACAGCAACAACAACAACAACAGCAACAUCAACUGCAUAGACAAGAUUCGGCAGCGGUUGGGUCGCAUCACCCGCCGACAUCGCACCACCAAACCGGUAGCAGCGGUAUGCGAGCAACUAUGGGAGACAUGUACCAUCGUGGCCAUGCGGUGAGUGCCAUGGAACAGUCGCAUCCACGCAGGGAACCGAUGGCGUCACAGGCGAUAGAUGACCGAAUGAACGGCAGUCCGCCGUUGGAAGGCUUAGCUGCAUCACUACGAGCUCGCGUUAUCGCCCAGCUAAAUAGCAAAGACGAAGACGUCGAACGACAUCGGCGACCGGAUCUAGGAGCUCCGAUGCACACAGGACCCGUCAACAGCAACAACACCAUUCAAUUAGUACAAGCACCACACGUCAAAACUGAGAAGUAUUCAGCUGGCAUCAAGCGUACUUCGCCCAUCAUAGAAAACCCUCCAAGGCCCCCGAAAAUGCUGUACACUGACUGCUCGGACGCGAUGGUCAACUCUGAUCUGCUUCACGUCGGUAGGAGCGGUUCGGGGUCAUCCCGUGGCAUGGGACCGCUUAUGAGUCCAGAAAUCAACUCGUUGUCGGCGGUUGACGAUCGGCAGCAUUUGAUGCGCCACGGCAGAAACGACGUUGACGACGAUGUUGGAGACGAUGAGUCGAGCUGGCACGAUCGGGUGAGUUCGGGAUUCGAUCGACUGGUAGCGUUCGCUUCAACAGAGUUGGAUAAAACUCGACGGUCCAACGAGGACGCACCACCUUCGUCGACUAGUUGCACUACCUCACCUGAUUCCGGUAUCAACCAAAGUGACCACAGUCGCACCUUCCUGUCGUCGUCGUCUUCCUCUUCUCAGCUAGAUGUUCCGCCGAGUAGUUCAAGUGCCGGAAGCGGCAGCAGCGUAAGUAGUGGCCUAAUGAAGCACGUUGUGCCAAUAGUUAAAUCCUCACCAGCGGAACCGGUCGAAAGCCCCCCGCUUUCAGAUGUUGGACUCCCGCGGACACCGAGUCCAUCAUCUAGUCCUCCCUUGAUGUACCAAUCUGCGACAGGUUUGCCCACAGUUGCCCAAAAUCUAAUGCACGGUGGAAGCAACUUGAAGAUUCCCUUGAAAUAUCAACGCCAGUCUAAGGUUUCAUCGGAGAAGCAUUACAAGAAAAAGUUUCGGGAACGUAACUGGGAGGAGUACGAAGAAAGCAUCGGGGGCAGACUCAGUUCAACUGGUAGUGCCGAACCCAUGGAUCAGGACUAUGCUGAUGGUUACGGAACUACUAGCUCUGGCAACCCGACCAGUGGUCCCUCUCUCGUAUUGGGCGGAGGAAGUUCACUAGAAAAUGCACAACAUAGCGAUAGUCUGUUGCACCACCAUCACAAACACAAAUCGGCUAAGUUUCGCCCGAAGGGCAAAGACUGGAACUGGGAUGACGAGCACUCUAACACGUCAUCGUCCAGCUCACAUCGGCAUCGCUCGGGUAACACCCCAACAUAAUUCCGUUGCGUAAAUCAACAUCCUGCGCCGUAAUACUAGGUUCAUAAAGUGAAUUAUUUAAAGUCUUUCGUUGUUUCGUUUGAUAUAAGUUUACGACUGCCAUUCGGUUUAGUUCUAGUUUACUACAUCGACUUUAUCAGACAACAUUAGCUAAAGUUAGUCACGUUUCGGUUAUAUUUUUGACACGAUUUAAUUGCUCAACAUCGUUAUAAUUGUAAUAAAUCCUGCCGUAACUGAAGUAAAUUCGUUAAAAGACUGAAUCCUUACUAGAAACUUAAUCCAAACGAAAGGUAUACUCUUAACUUGCAGACGAAUUCGAAACUCUUAGGCAUCAUAUAGAUAAUUUUUUCUUUUUUUCUGUGGCUCUUUCCUGAAUUUUAUUACUUUG